GUUUCUGUGUGGAUGGGAGUUGACUCUCUUGGUUGUUGAUGUUAGACAGUCGCACAAGGCGAAGCGGCUGCUGCUGCCCGUGUUGAUUCAGCCUCCUCCUCCUCUUCUUCCACCACCACCACCACCUCCUCCUCUUCCUCUUCCUCCUCCUCCUGGUCUUCAGCACUGGACAGCUCCUCCUCGGACUCCUCUGACGCCGCGUGGUCCCCGAAAGUCUUUUAAUGGAAGUAAAAUCUGUUUGUGUUCCACGAAAUAUUGGGAGUUUACAACUUCGCCCACUGGAGGAAUCCACGGAUACCUCUCUUGGAGGAGAUUUGUGGCAGCCGGCAGCAGCGCAUCCUCCUCGGCGGAGCAGAGCACACAUUCACUGUUAAGGCCGUGCGCGCGCACGGGCUUCAUCUCCAGACAUUUUGGUCCAAAGGUUAGGGUCUAAAAACCAACCGCGAAGCUGCUGUCUACGUGGACCGGUGCUGAAGCCUCCCGUCCGACUGUCAGGACCUCUGCCAAACCCAGAGACAUGGCGACGAACGGCACCAAAGCGGACGGACAAGUCACAGAACUGAACGAGGUGGCCACUAACAAUGACAAACCCAAGUCACUGGACGUGAAAGGCGAAAAGAAGCAGAACAAGGAGGUCCCUGACAGGGAAACAUGGGGAGGAAGAUUUGAUUUCCUCCUGUCGUGUGUUGGUUAUGCAAUUGGACUGGGGAACGUUUGGAGAUUUCCAUAUCUGUGUGGAAAAAAUGGUGGAGGAGCCUUCUUGAUUCCUUAUUUUUUGACCCUCAUAUUUGCUGGGGUCCCCUUGUUUCUACUGGAAUGCUCUCUUGGUCAGUACACCUCCAUUGGAGGGCUUGGUGUGUGGAAGCUGGCUCCUAUGUUUAAAGGUGUGGGCCUUGCAGCAGCUGUCCUGUCCUUCUGGCUCAACAUUUACUACAUUGUGAUCAUUUCCUGGGCCAUUUACUACCUGUACAACUCAUUCACCAGUGACCUUCCAUGGAGCUCAUGUGACAAUCCAUGGAACACAGACAAAUGUUACACAAACUACUCCAUUGCAGACACCACCAACCUCACCAGUUCAGUGCUGGAGUUUUGGGAGCGCAACAUGCAUGAAAUGACCGAUGGCUUGGGAAAACCAGGCCAGCUUCGAGUGCCACUGGCAAUAACACUGGCCAUCGCCUGGGUCCUCGUGUACUUCUGUAUCUGGAAAGGCGUUAGCUGGACAGGGAAGGUCGUUUACUUCUCAUCCACAUAUCCUUACUUCAUGCUGUUCAUCCUCUUCAUCCGCGGGGUGACUCUGCCCGGAGCUGGGGAUGGGAUUCUGUUCUACAUUACCCCCAACUUUGAGAAACUCAAAGAGUCUGAGGUGUGGCUGGACGCAGCUACGCAGAUCUUUUUCUCCUACGGAUUGGGACUGGGCUCCCUUAUAGCUCUGGGCAGUUAUAACCCAUUCAAUAAUAAUGUGUACAGAGACUCCAUCAUAGUGUGCUGCAUCAACUCAUGUACCAGCAUGUUUGCUGGCUUUGUCAUCUUCUCUAUUGUUGGCUUCAUGGCACAUGUGACAAAGAAAGACAUUGCCGAUGUAGCAGCUUCAGGUCCUGGAUUAGCUUUCCUUGCCUACCCGGAGGCAGUAACCCAGUUGCCUAUGUCUCCUCUCUGGGCUGUUCUGUUCUUCUCCAUGCUGCUCAUGCUGGGGAUCGACAGCCAGUUCUGCACGGUUGAAGGCUUCAUCACUGCUCUGGUGGACGAGUUUCCCAGAGCUCUUAGAGGUAGACGAGAGAUCUUCAUUGCAGUUGUCUGUCUGGUCUCGUAUGUGAUCGGACUCUCAAACAUCACACAGGGUGGAAUCUACGUGUUCAAACUGUUCGACUACUACUCCGCCAGUGGGAUGUGUCUGCUGUUCUUGGUCUUCUUUGAGUGCAUCUCCAUAUCCUGGUUCUACGGUGUGAACAAGUUCUACGACAACAUCGAGGAGAUGAUCGGCUACAGGCCGUGUAUAUGGUGGAAGAUGUGCUGGGUCGUGUUCACCCCUCUCAUCGUCGGCGGGGUGUUCCUGUUCAGCGCCAUACAAAUGGUUCCUCUCAAAAUGGGAGACUAUGUGUUCCCACGCUGGGGUCAGGGAGUGGGCUGGCUCAUGGCAAUGUCCUCCAUGGUUCUCAUUCCGGGAUACAUGAUCUACAUGUAUCUUGGACUCAAGGGCACCUACAAAGAGCGACUGCGGAUAAUGCUUCGGCCUCCUGCUGUCAUCAGGCGAUGUCAGGAGAACGGACCUGAGCAGGUGGAGACCAACACCACCAACUUGUCCAGCCCUGCUAACCCAGCUCCCGCCAACGCCGCCAGCCCCACCAAUCCAGCUCCGGUCAACUCAACCAGCCCCGUGAACACUAUUAACCCUCCUCCUCCUCCUGCUGCGCCAGCUAACCCGGCCACUACCGCUAACCCGGCGAACCCAGCGACUAGUCCCACGACCACCACCUCCACGAUGGCCAGUCCAGUUAACCCCAUCACCACCACCACAACCACCACCACCUCAACUGUGAGUCCAACCAGCCCACCUCCCAACCCAGCGAGCCCAUCGGAGCCUGUUAACCCCCCUAACCCAACAAGCCCGACCUCUACCCUGACCAAUGCCGAGGCCAACGUGUAGACAACAAAGAAACCCUCAUGGAGCAUGCAGACAAAAGAGAACAUUACAAAGGACUUCCAAGAUUUUAAUUGAUCCACCUACCUCCUGGGGCAAUAUGUAAUCAAAACAGAUUUUCAAAACCAUGUUUCAUUUUUUUUCUGCAUUUGUAAAAAAAAAGAAAAAACCAAGCCAGUGUUGGUUUGCAUUGUGGAAAAACAAUGUCAAAGACUGUUAGUCACGAAAACAACCAUAAAUCCGAGUAAAAAAAAAAAGAAAAAGAAAAAGAAGAAAUGUAAACACUGUGUAAUACUGUGAGAAAAGAAGAAAACAUAGAGAUCUAGGUUAGAAAUUUGUUGAAUAUCUUCAUGAAUCAAGUAAAAAUGCCGUGUGAAUAUAGUAGAUGAAGUAGUGAACAAACUUGACAUCGUUGAAGAAUUGCAAAAAGGGAUGGCGUCAAUUUUUAUUGUGGAUGUUUACUAAUCCUCACACAGUUGUCUAUUUUCCAAAUGUUGCACUCUGUGAGGUGAACCACGGGCCGCCAGGUGAACGGGGAGCUCUGAGAAAGCACAAUGCCAAUAGGAAGUUCACCACUGUAGGAGCUUCUGGAGAAAAAUAAGAUAUUGUGUGUGUGAGAGAGACUGUUACUUUUUGUUCCUUCUUUUUUCAGACAAGAGAAAACUUUUAUGUGAUCAAAACAUUUUUAGAAUUAUUUUUAGGGAUGUUUUAUACUAUAUGUGUCGUGAUGGAGGACCAAAAUCAAAAAGGCAGACAAAAGCAAAAACUAUGCCAUUUAUUGUUCGGUUGGCAAAGCACAGGGUACGAAGAAGUCCAAAAAAAAAAAGAAGAAGAAGAAGAAAAAGAAAAAG